AUGCCCGACCCGACCAUGCCUCCACGCGGAAGCGCCUCGGCGCCAACCUUCGACGACGACCCGGCGGAGCUCGGCCGAUACUUUGAGGAGCUUGAAGAGCUCUUCCUCUCGUGCAAGAUUGCGGACGACGCCGAAAAGGUCCGCCACGUCGUGCGCUAUGCCACCGCCAAGCCUGCCAGCACAUGGAAGAUGGAAUCGGCUUAUGACGCGAAGGACUACGCCGCGCUCAAGACUGCCAUCUUCGAGAUGUACCCGGGUUCGAAGCCCGAAGCUCAGUGGUCGCGCGAAGACCUGCGGCGCAUCGUCUCUGCACGCGCGGCGAGUCCCAUCUCUUUGCGUAACGAGCUCGGAUCAUACUACCGCGACUUCAAAGGCAUAGCUCAGUACCUCAUCAAGAAGCUCUGGCUCUCCGAGAACGAGGCGAACUUUCUAUUCAUCGACGGCUUCACCGGUCCCUUGCGCGAACGACUCGACUUCCAACUGGCGGUACUACACCCAUCUCAGAACCCGAAUGAGGCUAUCCCGCGCGACAAAGUCUUUGCGCAAGCUGACCAUCUCCUAUCGGCGCGGCAGGGUGCUGUCUUCGCUGCGGAAUUGCCUCGGACACAUUUUCCCACGCCUGCUGCGGAAUAUCCGCGGGGGAUUUCACCGGCGGCUUCGCCCUCAGCUACAAUCGCAGCGCCUGCCGGUAUGAUCAAAGUUGAGGAUAUCCAGUACUACAUCAGCGCGGCGCUCGCAGCUCAACAGAACACGCGCACCUCGUCCGCUCAAGUCCCGGUUACAGCCCCUACCGCCCACCACCCGGCAUCGCAGCCGCCUCUCGCCUCUCGUCCGUACUCCAAUGACUGCCACAUGUGCGGCAAGCCCGGCUGCCGAGUCAGCUCAUGCCCAGAUGGUCACGAACUCGUCCGCACCGGGAAGGCUAUACGAAACGAAGCGGGGCGCUUCACGCUACCGAACGGACAAUUCCUCCCGCGGCAUGUCGAAGCGCCGACAAUGAAAGAAAGGUUCGAGAAGUUCCACGCACUCUACCCUGGCAGCACGGCAUCGGAUCUUCGGGGAGGGCAACGCGACGACCCCCCGCACAUGGCCUCGCAUUUUUUUGGCAAGCUGGCGGCGUUUAAUGAGGGAGUAACGUUGCCGGCCACCCCUACUCCCGCUUUCGAAGGUGCGCGCAUUGAAGAGAUCAUUGAUGAAGACGACGACCCGGUUCAAGACCUCCUGCGUGCGCAACUCGAGCACCUCCCUUCCUCCGAUCCGUGUGUUCAGAUUUUCGAGGCUGCUUUGGAGGCGCGCAAGCAGCAAGUCGCAGACGGCGUCAAGGCACCGAGGAGGACAUCCAGUCGCCUUAGCCAGAAAAAGGAGGUCCGCUUUUCGGACGACAGCGCGAAGUCCACCUCUAGCAAGCCUAGCGAAACGCCUGCUCCUCCCGUCGCCGUGCCAGCUCCAGGACCGCGCCCGCCAGCUCAGCCUUACCAGCCGAACGGACCCUCAGUGCACGUACCUCGCGCACCGCCGACUGCUCCUCAGUUCCGAUACCAAGCGCCCAUUGAAAAUGAUGCAAACGCGCCUAAUCUCGUCAAGCAACUCCUCGAUCAACCGCUACUGGUGUCACCCCGUCACUUGCUCGCAGUCAGUCCCGACGUUCGGAAGGAACUCAGCCGUCACAUCUCGACGAAGCGCACACAGCUCGACUCUUCGACAACGCCAGCACCUUCUACGUCGACCAAUGACUUCUCACAAACAUCUUCCGCGCACUUUGCCGAUGUCGACUCUCCGCGCCCGGUACCAGCCUCAGCAAGUAACUGUCGCCUACGCACAAUUCGUCCGGUUGUAGGCGGCACAAUCCAGCCCGAGUGCAUCCUCGAUACGGGAUGCGAGAUGGUCGCGAUGCGUCAAGACGUUUGGGAACAGCUGAAAUGGCCACUCAACGUGGACGACCGGAUCACAAUCGAGGUUGCCAACAAUACCACAACGCAGUCCUGUGGAUCACUCAAGGAUGUCCCGUUCGAGAUCGGCGGCCUCACCUUCAAUCUCCAGGUCCAGGUCGUACCGGAGGCGCCCUGGGAAGUGCUCAUGGGUCGUGCCUUCCACACGUUUGCAAGCUGCAUAACUCAGGACUUCCCCGAUGGCAAUCAAUACAUCACAAUCACUGACCCAGUAUCGCGGCGGCGCGUUCAGAUCCCUACGCACGAGCGAAGUGUUCCCCGGCGCCCGCAUUCCGAGGAUUUUUAG